ACGCAAUAAGUUCCAGCCAGUGCUCCAACUCCCGAACGUUGCCAGCCAGCCAGUGCCCCAACUCCCCAACUCCCGAAGCCCAACGCUCGAUGCAAAGAGACGCAACGCCCGGCGGCCGGAGCCGCGCCCGCCCCUGACCACGGAGCUGCGACUGCCGGAGCCGCGCCCGCCGUUGACCGCUAGAGCCGCGCCCAGCCCCGACCCCCGCCCCAGCUCGGCCCUUCCCGCGCCUGCCCCAGCUCUUGGAGCGACUGUGCUGGGCAGCUGCGGCGUGCCGGCGACCGAAGGGCAAGAAGCAGCCAAAGCGAGCAGCGUGCAGGCAGCGGCUGGGGCGGGUGGAUCCUGCACGGCUGCACUUGCAGCGUCUGGGUGCCAGGCAAGGAGCCAAGGACAAGGGGCGGCGGGUAGAUCCGAUCGAAGUCUAGACGACUGCUACUGCUGGUACUCGCUUGCUUCAUUCUCCGGUCACCAGAGUCCAAACAGCACCUCCACUUCAAGCCGUGGAUCCACGAUAUGGCAGCCUAAUGGUGAGCUUUUUGUUAAACUAUUAAAAGAUAAUAUGGGCUGCAUUGCUUUGGUAUUUGUUCAGUGAGAUUUUUUUAGAAAUAUUCAGUAAUCUUCCUUAGCUAUUUCUAUAAGUUUUUUUCCAGAUAUUUCAGUAAGAUUUGUUAGGUAUGAACUAUGAGGUCGUGUUGCUGUGACCUGUGAGCAGUGAUUCUAUAUUUCUGUGACGUAUGAACUACCAAAUAUGAACUACAUGUGAAAUUUGUUUCUCUCAUAUGUCAAAUACUUGUGUCCCUGGUGGUGCGCCGCGUAUCCCGAGUGUUGGAAGAUGAUGGUGGACAGGUGGUGUGGCCCUGAGUGGGCUGAAGCGCACAACGCUGCUCGGGAGCGUCGAUUGCUUAUGCCAGGUGUAACAAACCAUCAAGGCAGCCGCAGCCUCGCCGCAUACGGACAAGCAUGGUCAGCGGCACAUGCGGGCCAGGAGUGCACUACAUUCAUGGCAUAUGCUAUGGCUCACAAGGGCAAGGCGACGUCCGAUGUCUCCUACAACCCGGACGACCCACCUGAGGCGUAUACAAACCCGACCGCCUACGACCGCAUCAGUGAGUACACAUCAGCAGCAAGGUCUAUCCAUGGAAAUGACUACAACCCGAGCUCCCAUGACUUAGAUGCAGAGGUUGUCAUGAGGAUUGGAGGAGGAAAGAAGCAUGAGCGCCUCCAUCCGCCGGUUCGAAUAUUCCAGGUCAUGGUACACCACAGUCGCAGUGGGGACCUUGGGGAGCCGGGUAGUUCUCUUUGCAUGUGUUUGUUCGGUUGGUACACCACAGUCGCAGUGUCAUGGUACAACAUAGUCGCAGUUCUCUUACGAUGCACUUGUGUUACUUAUUUGGACUUGUGAUGGACUUGUGGAUUUAUUUAGAUGGACUUGUAAUGAACUUGUGGAUUUGUACUUAUGGAUUUGUUUAAAUGUGACAUUUAUGUGAUGUGCAUGAUAUUUAUGUGA